AUGCAUCUCUCUACCAUCCUGUCAGUUGCUUUUGCCGCUCUCGCCCUCGCGCAUCCGAACAACGUGGCGAAACGUGAAGCGCAGGUCACUGAGGAGAACCCUCCAUUAGAAGCACGUGCUCCGCAGAUCACUGAGUCUCCUGCUGCCCUUCUAGAUGCCGAUGGUUUGGAAGAGCGUGCUGCUCAGGUCACGGAGGAUGACCCUCCCAAGGCCAAUGGUGUGGCCGCGCGUGCUCCGGAGAUCACUGAGGGACCUGAGCUUGUCAAUGUCGAUGAGCUGGCAGCUCGUGCCCGUACGGAGGAAGACCCUCCGAUUACCGAUGCAUAA